UUGAUUUAUGGCCCAUAUAGGUGACAGCGAGGUUAAUCCAUUUUCAUUAAAAAAACGGCUGGUGCUGCCUGUCUGUGUAACUAAAUAAUUUAAAGUAACUCUUGCUUAUAGCUGAAUACGAAGUUAUUUGAUUCUGAUAAAAUUAUAAGUUUCUUCGUUUUGUUUUUUGUGAAUUCGUUAAACAAAAACCGGCAAGAUGUUUUGGGGUCUUAUUAUGGAACCUAACAAAAGGUACACCCAAUUGGUGGAUAAACCAUUCCACAUUUCACAUGCUGCUAUGGACAUAUCCACAGGUGAUAAUGAAGCCUGUCAGGUCAUGGUUGUUGUUGAUGGAAAAAACUUCCUUGUGUGCACAUUACAGAAGAAGCAAACCAUUCAAAUGCCCCUUGACCUGUAUUUUAAAACUGGUGAAAAUAUUGCCUUUUUGACAAAUGGUAAAUGCAAUGUACAUUUAACUGGCUACAUAGACCCUGAGUUUGAUGAUGAGGUUUCUGAUGAAGAAGGUGAAGAGGAAGAGGAAGAAGGUGAAGAGGAACAGGAACAAGAACAGAAACCAGCCAAGAACAAGAGAAAGCUUGAUACUAGCAAUGACUCCGCCACUAGCUCAAAGAAAUCUAAGAAAGGAAAGAAAGCAGCUGCAGAGGAAGAUAGUUCAGAAUCUGAUAAUGAAGAUCAAUUGCAAAAGUUUUUGAAUGGGGAGGACAUUGACAGUGAUGAAAAUGAUGAGUCCUUCAAAAUAAACACAUCCGCAGAGGCUGACGAUAGUGAUGAAGAAGAUGAAGAUGAUGAUGAUGAAGAGGAAGAAGCAGAGGAAGAGGAAGCGGACAGUGAUGAUGAAGAAGCAGACUCAUCCAAAGCUGACACCACCAUGGACUCUAGCAAGGACGACAGCCAGAUUGACAUGAGCAAGCUCUCUAAGAAUCAGAAGAAGAGGCUGAAGAAGAAGCUGCAGAAGGAGAAGCAAGCACAGGGGCAGGUGAAUGGUGUUGAAAAAAAGGAAAAGGCGGAACCAAAACAAAAAGCCGAAAAGAAGAAGCCUGAAGCUAAGAAAGAGCAGAAAGAAGAGGCUGCUGCUGAAAAGAAAGAAAAGAAAUCGCUUAGUGGAGGUGUUUUCAUUGAAGAUGUGAAAAUUGGCAGUGGUCCUGUUGCCAAGCCCGGUAAAACUGUCAUGGUAUACUAUGAAGGAAGGUUGAAACAGAACAACAAGAUGUUCGAUAACUGUCAGAAAGGACCUGGCUUCAAGUUCCGUCUUGGAGCCAAGGAAGUUAUUGCUGGGUGGGACGUUGGUGUGUCGGGCAUGAAGGUUGGAGGCAAGAGGAAAAUUAUCUGCCCACCGGCGAUGGCAUAUGGAGCAAAAGGAUCCCCUCCAGUCAUUCCACCAAACUCAACCUUAGUAUUUGAAGUUGAAUUAAAGAAUGUCAAAUAAAGUAUUUUUAAGUGUUGAUUACUGUUUGUUUUAAGAAUGUUAAGUUGUCGCGCCUAGUGCGAAGUAACUACAUUGAUGCCAUUUUAUAUGCUCUUAAGCAUUUUUUAUUUCACAUCAUAUUUCUGGUGUCUGAUUCCUCGUGUGAAUAAAAUUGCCAACAUAAAAAAUCUUUUGUGAACAAGUUAAGGAGUUCAAGCACUUGGUAUGGGUGUUAGUACAAAUUUUUUUUACUGACAUUUAUUAAUUACAAAUCCUUUAGUGUUAGCUUGAUCACUUUACCCUGGGUCAGCCUUGGUACAUAUAUAGCCUAUAUCACUCGGUGAAGUGGCAGCUUUCUAAUUGUGAAAAAAAAAUUGAAUUUAAUGCAGUGGUUCUUACAUACUCGUAACUAACACUAAUUACAAAAGUUUUUUCUUUAUGAUAUAGUAGAUUAAUGGGCAUUUGAUUUUUUUUCAUCCAAUGCCCUCCUGUUUUAAAACUUCAUCCCGAUUUGGUUGACUUCCUUACUUAUGACUUUUUUCAUUUAAAAUUAAUUCAAUUGCAAUUUUAUUCACAUACUACUUUAUUUUUUUAUCAAUUAAUAGUUAGUAUGGUGCCCUGUGAGGAGUGCUUUCUAGCUUUUAAAAUAGUCUUAAUCUAUAGGAUAUAAUGUAUAAAAUAGUGACCAUCUCAUUUUCACAAUUAUAAAAUAAUAAAUAAUUAGAUAAAAGUUAUGAAAACAAUUUAAUUUUAUAUUAAAAAGCCAAUUUGAUGGUGUAAUUAUUAAAUGUGUUACAUGGAUAAAUUCUCUUUCAGUGAAAUUUAACUCUGGUUGGUAAUGUUAGUUAAAAUAUAGUUACAGGACAUUUAAUAUAAGAUACUGUAAGCCCUAAUUAAGUGAUACAUAAAUAAAAUAAUUCAGACUUA